AUGUCCCUUUCAUUGUCUGAUCGAGGUUCUGAUGCUCCUGGCAAGCGACAGGAUAUGGAUCAAAUGGAUAUAGAGCAAGAAGGGUCAUCAACUACGAAACCCAUUGUUGGGUUGCUCUCUCAGACGCUGGUCUCCAGCCCCAUCAUCCAAUUGAUUCUACCAGCGCGCUUGAGAAGCAAGCACCAAAAUGAUGUCGUAUUUGUUGGCGAAAGGCACAUACAAAUCAAAGAAGCACUAUCAGGCGUCCACUUGGAAGACGUCAAUUCAAAAUCUGACUUCGAUGCCUACAUCAUGGCAGCGAAGGUCAUCAAUGUGAGCACAGAAUUACCUUGGGAGGCCCAGAUGAAGCUGGCAGCCAGCAAAGCAACUGUCACGGAUCCUGGAUCGCGGCAAGAGCUCCCACCACAAAUACUGGUUCUCAGUCUUGCAUCGAGAGAACUAGUCUUCCUUUAUUUUUCGUCAACGAGCGGCCACUUCAUUCACCAUCAUCGACCUUUACCAAAUGAUGUCAGUACAUUCGAGAGGUUUGGCCGGAACAUCGCGGUGGAGCCGCGGUCCCGUGCGGUAGCAGUUAGUGCUUCGGCCGACUAUUUUGGAGUGUUCAUGUUGAAGAAGCCGCCAGUUCUCCAGUCACAGAUGGCUUCAAGCCAAUUAGAUCCUAUCACAGAGGAACGCUUCUUUCGGGUAGAAGGCGACAUCCUGUUCAUGGAGUUUUUGUACCCGAAAGCCGAAGAUGGUGAUAAAGUCAUUCUGCUGCUCUUGGUUUCACAGGAUCAGGGGACGCAAGCUAUCUGCUAUGAAUGGCAUGCAGACGAGACAAUACGACGAGUGUCUCCAAGGAUUACAAAGAGGUCUCUGCCUCCUGAAGAUACAUUGCCCACGAUGUUGAUUCCAUUGACCAAGACGUCCUCCUUUAUGCUAAUCACAACGACUUCAAUGGCUGUCUACAAGAAUAGGCUUGACCCGCGAACACAGGCCAGUCGAUACCCUCUCCCUGUGCCUGAUCGCGAAUCUAAAAAAGCACCACUUUGGACGCGUUGGGCAAGGCCAUUGCGCAAUUGGUCAUAUAACCAAAGACACGACGAUAUCUACCUUUGCCGUGAGGAUGGUAGGGUCUUUUAUUUGGGGAUCGGCAACGAAGGGGAACUGGAAAAUCAAGCCCAUCUGGGACAACUCUGCUGCGACGUCGAUGCUGCAUUUGAUAUCCUCGAUAUUGGUCAUGAAGGUGGAGACCUCCUUUUGGCCGCUGGAACCACAGGAGACGGCGGCCUUUUUGUUCAAAAGGCUCGUGACCAACCUCGAUGUGUCCAAAAAUUCAUCAACUGGUCCCCAGUUACGGAUUCCGUCAUUGUGAGCUCCGGCCAAGACUCAUCAGCCUCAGACACAGCCAGAGACCGAUUAUUCGUGUGCUCCGCGUCCUCCUAUGGGCGAGGUGCAAUAUUCGAACUUCGCCAUGGCUUGGAGGCACAGAUUGGCUUGGUCGUCUCCCUUGAAGAGUUGUCAAGCACGAGGGAUAUUUGGACAAUGUCGGAUGAUAUGAAUGGAGGUGUAUACAUAUUAAUCUCCGAUCCCGUCUCCUCUAUUCUUCUGUAUCUGUCUGCGGACUUCGGGGAAGAGAUGUGUGCUAUAGACGAAGCAGAUUCUGGGCUGGACUUUAGUACCCAGACCUUGGCAGCCGGAUGCACCAGCUCCGGCGUGCUUGUCCAAAUUACUGAGAAGGCGAUUCUUCUCGGUACAGCGAAUGAGACCACUCUGAGGGCUCGCUUUGAGUUUGGCGCUGACCAAAGUGUUGCUGUUGCUGCCGUCCACAGCUCGGCAUCAUUGAUUGUAUCUGCUGUGCGAACAAAACAUGAGAUGCACCUCUCUCUCAGGAGCAUUAACAUUUCCCAAGACCAGCUUCACUUGUCCGAGAUUGAUCAGCCUUUACCAUUACCCUAUGAGCCUGUUUGCAUUCUCGUUGAGGUUCUGGGUACUUUUACUCUCAUAUUUGUUGGCACAGGCAAUGGGAAAGUCUUGAUCUACAACUUUAGAGACUCAACCAUGCUCCUGUCAGAAGUCUCCACUGAAGUGGAUAAUGGAGACGAUCUGUCGAAAGCAAUCGAAAGCCUUGCUGUGCUCGCCAUUGACACCGUUGGACCUUCCCAGAAAUACACAAUACUCUGUGGGUUAAGAAGCGGUAUUCUGGUCCCGUUUGAGAUGACGUUAGACCAUGGUGACAAGAAAUGUGCAAUUGGGGUCAAACAAGCGAUUCCCCGUCGAAUUGGGGAUACUUCUGUCAAGAUACAAAGUAGGGGACACUUCGCUUUGCUGACCUGUGGACGUGGGUUCUGGCAGGCGUCGUGUCCGCGGAAAGACGGCGUAUUAGACCCUAAUCUUCACAUGCAGAGGAUAUGGGUCACCGAUCAGAAUAACCCUGCGUAUCAUCCAGGCAACGUCCACAGUUUCGCCAUGGCAAGAGUCAUUGAUCCCAACAUCGAUGGCGAAUCCGACACCUUAUUCUGCAUCGCCGACGGUCAGCUUUUGAUUUGCACGCUGGAUCACGCUGCGAAGACAGUUCCUCGAAGGAUUGAUCUACCAGGAAGCGCGAGCAAGUUAGCUUAUUCCAACUAUCUGCGAAGCCUCAUUGUCGCGUACACUCGAACUGAACUCGAUACGGAAUCUGAUCCAAUCAGAAGACUGACCCGGCCUUUCAUUGAGUUCGUGGAGCCGGAUACGCAACACGGGGUCUCAAAGUCCGUUGACAUCUGUGAAGACGGUUAUUCGGCGUGGAGACCUCAUGGAGCGGCUGGAGAAAAGAUCAGUUGUAUCUUGGAAUGGACACCUAAGAAAGGCGAUGAAGAAUACCACUUCAUUGUUAUCGGAACAGCUAGAAAACAGCAGCAAGAACGGGGACGAGUCAUUUUUCUACAAGCGUCCCGCAACUCGUCCGAUUCAUCGAGGAUUGAAUGCUCCGUGAAAUAUAUCCAUAAAUUUGAGAGUCCUGUUUACGCGAUUGCUCCAUACGGUGACUUCACAUUGAUGGUCUCGACGGGUCAUGAGAUCGUACCAUUGGAGCCCAAGCUGUCACAGACACGUCGUGUUCGAGCAGCGAGGUACCCAAUGCUUUCCCCAGCGAUUUCCUUAAGUUGCCAUGAACCCUACGUAUACAUGUCGACAUCGAGGGAGUCGCUGAUGGUGCUCAAAUCCUCUGACGACAAGUUGCUGCUUCAUGCUUACGAUCGUCAGAAGCAUGACGGACUUUCUCAUAUUCACAUUGGGGGUGAGACUAAUUUGACGAUCACCAGUAGCAGAGGCGGCAGAGUCAGCAUACUCUCAGAGAAUGGUGUUACGGCCAACGACAAAAUGAUGCCAGUUGCGCUGUGUGAAGCACAUCUUCCAUCAUCCGUGAUGAAGCUCAUCUCAGGAUCUAAACCAUCUCCAUUUUCUCUCUCAUCGCAAGUGUACUAUGGCACCGCUAUGAACGGGAUAGCAUAUCGGUUUUUAACCCUAAAAGAGAAAGAGUGGCGCUUACUACGUCUGCUGCAGAAUCUCUGUAUCAGAGAUCCAAUACUAUGCCCUUUCACACCCAAAAGGAAACGAAGACGCAACCCGGCGACGAAUGGUAUCGCAGAGCCCCAGCCUUCACACAUGCACAUCGACGGCGGCAUACUGAGUCGCCUCGUGAUGCGUGGUCCGGAUUAUUUGACAAAAAUGUUGACGACCCAGGAUUUUGAAGACGCAGCCUUUCCAGAAAACGGCACUGCUCAAGCCACUCUGGAGCUAUUCACUGAGCUGUCCAGCAAUCUGCUGGGAGAAUCCCCUGACCAAGUCGAAAGGGUCAUGAGAUGGUUGGAGAAGGCCCUUCAUGUGGAGUUCUGA